GAUUGUGUGCUACUGGUACUGCUGCUCCUGUAACCCUCGUACCAGACCGUUCAAAACCGUGCAGUGUCCGUUAGAAAGUUUGAACGAGUGCCGCAACAGUGCUAAAAUGUCUUCUAGUGGUGUGCUGCUAAUUACGGUGCUGCUGAUGGGAUAUCUCUACUGGUCGCUCGCCCAACCGACGAACACGGUACAAAUCCGUUGCAAAAUAACUCCAGCGGUACCGGACGAACGGAUGUGUGCCUAUGGUGCCUACAUUAGCAUCUGCGAUAAACUGGCGUGCAAACAGGGCCCGGGACAGCAGUGUGGCAACGAUAUGGAUCGGGAUAAAGCAAUCAAGUAUGGCGUGUGUGCUGAUGGGCUGGAUUGCUGCAACGAUGUUUGCCUAGGGUGCUACAAGGACGUAUGCUACACCAAGUCGUGCAACCCCAAGAAUACAAGAACGGUUCGCCAUCAUCACUAUGGUUUUCCCUCCCAACAAGUGUCGUCGUUUUAUCGCCCGUACGCUUUUGAUUACUUCAACCAGUAAGAAUGGACCGCUCGCCGGUGCUGGCAGCAUUGGCAUCGCAUUGGCGCCGGCACAUCGGUGUGUCGUUGGCGCGAUUCCGGGGCCUAACCUUACGUUAAUCUCUAGCUAGCUGCUACUCAAAAAAAAAAACUGCACGCACACGAAUCGCAACUCUACUGGACCAUCGGAGUGAGUCGAAAACAAAAAAAAAAAGAAAAGAAAAGGGUAAAAUACAGAAUGUACAACGCUCCUCCCCACCCACCGGUACGGAAGUCGGGAACGCAGGGCGGUAGGCAUGGUAGUGGUGUUGCAAUGGUAGCCAAUUCACGGACAGUCUCUGUAUCGCGGCGGUGCC